ACCAGAGAACUGGUCUCUCUCGACAGCCCUGUCCCUCUGAGAGCAUAAGUCGCUUCUUUGAUAGGUGACUUGUGACCAGGGAGUGGACCCUCGGGGGGUCUUGGGCUGUCACGGGAUCUCCAGAGAGCCAUGCAGAAUCUCAAGCCAUGAAGGACUAUUCCGAUGUCAUUCUCUGUCCAGAGGCAACCGAGUCAAGCAAGACAGAGUUCUGCAAUCCUGCUUUUGACCCUGAAGCAGGCCUUCCGCCGGCCUUACAGAAAGAUGCCAGCAGCAGCCACCAAGCUCCCUGGCACGCCCACUGUGUCCUCCUUGCAGGCCAGCAUCUCCGAGGGCUACAACCAGACUGCCGCUUCUCCUGGCUUUGCAUCUUGCUUCUCAGUGGCCUACUGCUCCUGCUGGUGGGGCUACUGGUGGCUGUCAUCCUGGCUCAGUUACAGACUACAUCCCUCCUCAGAACUACCGAGAGACCACUGCCCACCCCCAUGGGUAGCAUUCCCAGCACCACCCCUAACAUCAACACUACCACCCUCACCACCUCCCCAGCAACUAGCAGACAGCAAGAGGCAGCCGUGAGCCCAACACACCAGACCCCCUGUGGAGGCCUCCUUCCUGGUCCAAGGGGUUUCUUCAGCAGCCCCAACUACCCAGACCUUUACCCGCCCCACAGCCACUGCGUCUGGCACAUCCAGGUAGCCACAGGCCAGACAAUACAGCUCAAGAUUCAAGUCCUCAGCAUAGAAAGUGUGCUCUCCUGUCUUUUUGAUCGUUUGGAAGUCACCCCAGAGCCUGCAGGCCCUCUCCUCAGGGUGUGUGGUAAAACGCCUCCUGCUACACUAAACACCAAUACCAGCCACCUCCGUGUGUCCUUCGUCUCUGAUGGCGAUGUGGAAGGGUCUGGUUUCCAGGCCUGGUACCAAGCUGUAGCCCCUGGACAUUGGAGCUGUGCCCCUGAUGAGUUCCGCUGUGACCUGCUCCUCUGCCUGCAGCAUGACUUAGUAUGUGAUGGCAUCACCAACUGUGCCGAUGGCAGUGACGAGACCAACUGCAGUGCCAAGAUCCCCGGGUGUGGAGGGAACCUGACUGGGCUCCACGGCGUAUUCUUUACUCCCAACUAUCCACAGCACUACCCUGACCAACAGCUUUGCACGUGGUACCUCUCGGUGCCUGUGGGAUUCGGCAUAAGACUACAGUUCCUCAACUUCAGCCUGGAAGCACAGGCUGAGUGCAGGUUUGACUACGUGGAGGUGUAUGAAGGCAACAGUUCAGGUUCCAGCUUCCUGGGCAGGUUCUGUGGAGCAGAGCCACCACCCCACCUCAUCUCCUCGAAGCACCAGCUGGCUGUAAUCUUCAAGACUGAUCUUGGUAUCAACAGAGGGGGCUUCUAUGCCACCUACCAAGCCAUCAAUACUACAGAGAACUUUUGUGGGCCCAGAGAGUUCUGCCAGGACGGAGGAUGUAGGGAUCUGCGGUGGAUGUGUGAUUUAUGGAGAGACUGUGCAAAUGCCAACGACAAUUGCAGCAGCCACUUGUUCCCACAACCAGAGCUGGCUUGUGAACCUGUUCAGGUGGAGAUGUGCCUUGGGCUAAGCUACAGUACCACAGCUUUUCCUAACAUCUGGGUGGGCCUGGCCACCCAGGCCGAGGUGACCAACAUCCUCAGAGGCUACAAGAGUCUGACAAGUCUACCUUGCUACCAGAUGUUCCGGAGGUUCCUUUGCGGGCUGCUUGUACCCCACUGCACCCCACUGGGCACUAUCCUACCCCCUUGCCGCUCUGUCUGCCAGGAGGCAGAACAACAGUGCCAGUCUAGCCUGGCACUCCUGGGCACCCCCUGGCCCUUCAACUGCAACAGGCUGCCUGAGGCAGCUAGCCUGGAAGCUUGUGCCCAGCCCUGACCUGAAGCCAGGCCCUACCCUCUGUCUGCCGAUCCCCCUACCUAUAUGGGUGGGCAAGCAGAAAACAAAGGGAAGAGUGACCUGGCCGUGCA